GCCUACUAUAAUAAUUAAAAAAAAAAGUAGUUCCGCUGAAGUUUAGACGCGGGAAAUUUUACAAAACUGAAAAGUUACCACGUCUCUCACAUUACAAGUUCGAUAACAUUUUAGAGCUUAUUUAUAUUGAGAGUUUCUUCUAGAAGAAAAUGACAGCCACAGCAACACGUACGUCUCAGGCUGUAACUGAGUGGACAAAAGUGUUUCCUAAACAAGUUACAGAAAAUUAUACUAGUUCAGUCACAUUUAUGAAGCAGUUGACUGUUAUAGCAGUCAGUACGAUUACAUAUUUGAAGAAUGCUUUUCCCGAAGACAGCUAUUCAAUGGAAAAUUUUGGUGGUUUGAAAUUGAGGAUUCUAAAAAAGAAAUGCAAAGAUGACCUUGCUCAUUUUCUGAGUACAGCUCUUACUCAGGCGUUCGAGGCAUUUGAUAAAAAAUACUUGCACCAACUAGCGCUCUGCUUUUACGAGGAUGAGUGUAAAAUGGAGAACUUGAUCGAAUACCACGUGUUCGAGUAUACUUAUAACGACGAUGGGGUGACCAUGAGCGUAUCGUCUAAAACGCGGGACAGCGGAAAGACGCAUGCGCGUUAUACGUUCGACGGGGUACGCGAGAGGACUGUCCACCUCAUUAGAGCGUGUGUGGUCAUCAUGCAGACUUGUCAACAGCACCUGCCUGAAACUUAUGACGUGUCUUUGCGGCUGUAUUACAAUGAGGAUGCCCCAGAAGGUUAUCAAGCGCCGGGCUUCAAUGCGGCGGCCGAAGCGGACGACCACCUCGAGCCUACCCUGCGAGACACCAUCAAGCUGGGCUGGGUAGAGACGCCCUACCACCGGGUGGUGGCGCGGUCCUACAUGAAGGACAGCAUGGGCGCCAGUCACGAGGCUAUUGACGUGAUCGGUAAGGAACAUCUCGAGCCUACCCUGCGAGACACCAUCAAGCUGGGCUGGGUGGAGACGCCCUACCACCGGGUGGUGGCGCGGUCCUACAUGAAGGACAGCAUGGGCGCCAGUCACGAGGCCAUCCCUUCUCAAAAUCCACCGGUAAUGUCGCAGAUGGAGCAAGAGGAGUUUACAUCAUCCCUGGCCCGCAGCGCAUCAGGUUCCAGUGAGAGGCUGCUGCAGUGUCCUUGCAACAAGUACGGAGGGGAAACGCAGAAUAUGCUGUUGCUGACUUGCCAAUACUGCAACACCCAACAACACGCGGCGUGCUUCGGCCUAAUGUCUGAAGAUUUUCCUCGAGCUGCCACUCACUGCUGCACCGCUUGCUCCGACGAGGACCCGACUCGAAUACCCACUGACCCGCGACUGGUGGCCUUGAGCGCUAAGAAGAGGGAGUGCCUGUGCAUAUUCCGUCGCACGCUGGCCCUCUGCCGCGGCUGGGGCACGGCGAGCGCGCGGCGGCUGGAGACAGCACUCGGCGUGUCGGCCGCCAACGCCGCCAAGCUGGCGCGGCUAUUGCGCUCGCACGCCGUCACCGCGCCCAUGCCCGACCUCAACACACCAAGCGAAAUUGACCCAGACCAACUCAAGUCUGUUAUGAACAAGUUCUUCCAAGUUGCCGAAGAAGAGAGCAUUGUCGACAGACUCUUAGCCGAAACCUUCGCAUCUCAAGAAAGCCAACCCGACCCAGUAGGAGAUGUCCUAGGACCCAUGGAGAAAGUGUCUCUACAAAACGCAUCUAACCUUGGUCGAGUUAUUGAAACACCAGUGGAUCUGAACAAGACAACAGAGAUUGAAGAUUUGACUCUCAAACAGUAUAAAGAAGCACUCCUAUCCAAUUAUCAGAUGGAUGAAGACCUUCCGUUAAGCGGUUCUAAUAAUCCUUUGAAAGAAAUAGAGAAUCUAGGGAAGAGGAGAAUAACAAAAAGGAAGAUUAACGAUGAAAAUGACGAAAACAAGCCUAAAUUGAGAACUGGUGUAAGAACCAAGAGGGCUAAAGCUAAGGCUUAAUCUUAAGAUUAUAAUAUUUUUUACAUUAAUAAUUUGAUUGAUUGGUAUUGUAACGGUGUUUUCAGUUAAUAAUUUUGUUCCAGUAAUAAUAUGCAAUAACUCAAAAGUAAUAAAAAGUUUUAUU